AUGUGUCCCUGUACCGACUACCAGGAGAUUGAUAUCCAUGUCAUCGUAUCUGACUCUGGCGAGGUGGAACUUUUCCAAGAUGCCCUAAAUGGGCUGAAGAGCUGUGGCAAACGAUUCAGCAUUUUCAAGACGCCAGCAUCAAACGUCAACCAACCGAAACCGAAAGUCAACAUCGUUAAUCUCUUCGAUAUUUUGUCUCCCGCUUUCCAUGCGCUGACGACGGGAAACAUCACCCGCGAGGACACCUCGGCACUUCUGAGAGAGCGCGGCAAGUACCAAUACCAAACCAUCAAGAAGAUGGCAGCGGCGAUGGAGCUCAAGUACAACUGGGCGCUCUGGCUGGACUCCGAGGCGAUUGCGGUUCAGCCAUUCAGCAUGAGACACACGUUCGACAGUUACAUCCGAAAGCCGACGAUAUGGAGGUCGAAGAUGACCAACACCGAUUUCAUGAGAAUGAACAUCGGAGGGGCAGCAAAUGUGCUGAACCGUGAUAUCGAGUCCUUCGGUCAGAGGUACUGGAAUUUAGAAAGCGUCGAGUGGAUGUUCGAAAAAGCGGUAGUCGACGAUCUCGUCAAGUACGUGGAAAACGAGCACAAUCAGGAUUUCUGGACCACAUGGGCGACGAAGGGAUCUCCGUUUGAGGUCAAUCUUUACAACAUGCACGUUCAAGCUCGAAAGCUGGAGACAACAGAUGCUCUGUUCGCGAAGUAUUUGAUCAUUGAGACAGAAAUGGAGAUGGAAAAGUUUGGGUUCUUAGGACGGGCGAAGGCGAUUAUUGAUACCAUGGUAGGCACGGGGCUUCUUGAGAGAGGCUAUGAGCUCUUCCAAGCUUCCGAGAUUGUACCAGGCUUCUCCUCGAUGCUACAAAAGUACGACCAGAGGCUUUUCCGUAUCGACGAACUGGACAUCGCGCCGCCGGAGGUCAUUGAUAAGUUUCUGUUGGACACGCCCAUAGACAUCCUCUGCUCGGGUGCACCGCCAUUGCAUGCCUGGUGGGAAAAGCGGAAGAAAAGCAUCGGAUAG